CAGGGCAGCGCGGGGCGGUGCGCGAGGCUGAGGGCAGCGCGAGCCGGGCUGUGAGGGGGCGACGAGCGCGAGGGACAGCGGCUUCUCCGAAGGGACGGCGGCAGCGGCCAUGGCGGACCACGAAGCGGGGAUGGCUCCGAAGGGCCGGCGGGUGCAAGAUGACGUCGAUACUGGCCUUGGUGUGUGUGGAUGGAUCCUGGUGAUCACUUCACUUUUUUUCACUGUUAUUACAUUUCCUAUAUCAAUCUGGAUGUGCAUAAAGAUCAUAAAGGAAUAUGAGCGAGCCAUCAUAUUCAGACUUGGACGCAUCCUAAAAGGGGGAGCAAAGGGACCAGGUUUGUUUUUUGUCCUGCCUUGCACUGACAGCUUCAUCAAGGUUGAUAUGAGGACUAUCUCUUUCGAUAUUCCUCCCCAAGAGAUCUUGACCAAGGACUCUGUGACGAUCAAUGUGGACGGGGUGGUUUAUUACAGAGUUCAGAAUGCCACCCUUGCUGUAGCAAAUAUCACCAAUGCCGACUCAGCCACCCGUCUUUUAGCACAGACUACUCUGAGGAACGUCCUGGGGACCAAAAACCUUUCCCAGAUUCUCUCCGAUCGUGAGGAAAUCGCGCACAGCAUGCAGGCCACGCUUGAUGAGGCAACAGAUAAUUGGGGCAUUAAGGUGGAACGUGUGGAGAUCAAGGAUGUGAAGUUACCUGUGCAGCUGCAGAGAGCGAUGGCUGCAGAGGCCGAGGCUGCCCGGGAGGCCAGAGCUAAGGUGAUUGCAGCUGAGGGUGAAAUGAAUGCUUCCAGGGCCCUCAAAGAGGCAUCCAUGGUCAUUACGGAGUCUCCUGCUGCUCUUCAGCUUCGUUAUUUGCAGACCUUGACCACUAUUGCCGCGGAAAAGAACUCCACCAUCGUCUUCCCGUUGCCCAUCGAUAUGCUGCAGGGCAUCAUAGGUGCAAAACACUAGGAGGAGCAGGGGGAGGGAGCUUGGGGUGGGUUUUUUAGCUACAGCAAAUCUUUGCAAGGCUGAACUCCCUGUGUAUUAUAGCUUAUGGAGGCAUUAACAAAGUGGAUUUGCCGAGGAACCUCUUCUGUUAUAUCAAGUUUGUUAUACAGCUUAUGUGUAAUGUUUGUGAAUAUGGACAAUCAAAAUAUUUUAAAUUUGAAAACCUCUCAAAAUGAGUACAAGCAGAUUGUGAUGUCAAAUAAGUGGGUACAGAUAUCCAUACUGCCCUGGAUGGGGCACCUUUAAUAAGCUCCCCUUUUCAAAUAGUAUCUAAAACCAUCAGUGGUGAAGAUGAGAUGAUCCAACGUUUGGAAAGAGAAGUGUUCCUUUUAAUAAAUGGGUCUGUAGCCCUGUAGGGAAAGUGGAACAGCCCUGACUCUAUUCUCUUGGGGUGUAGCUGUAUGUGAUGAAAGUCAUCAGAUUGUUGUUGUGGGGCCUGGUUCUUACACAAGGGAAGCGAUGGAAGUUGAUACAGGAGUGAGAAUCCUCUUCUGGGCACUUCUGAAAAUCCAGCUCAGACUCCCUAAAAUCCCCCAUUCAUGAGAAACAGCUGUUGGUGGAACUUUCCAUCUCUGUUCUGGCACAGACAAAUGAUAUAAACUUGUAGUCACAGACACAAGAUUCCUGCAGUCACCCAUGGGCUGUUCUCUUGGGAUGGGGGUGUCCCUGUAUAAAUUUAUGAUUCUUUAAAGUACUGAAAAGUUGUUGGAUGCCUUUAUCUGUCUCUCUUUAAAAGGAUUUUAAAAAGCCAAAGUACUGUCUAUCUGUCUCCUGCGUUUUAUCCAGGUCUAAAACCUGCUUCUCUAGGCCUUGAGAUCUCUGUAACUGGCAGAGGGGUGAUUAUAGCAGAAGAUGCUGCACUGCUUUUAUCUGUUCUACCCAAUUAGUGAUUUACCUGUCGAUGCUGCUUCUGAGCAGAUUUGUAUUUGUCGUGACACUGAGGGCUUACACUUCAUACCAAAAGCAUGUAACCUCCAGCUCAUCUAGUCUUGAGCUGCGAGUCUGUGAAACUGUAUUCAUAUUUUGUACCUAUUUAGUAGAUGUAAUUACAGAUUAAAAUAAGAAGAGUUGAGAGUCUAAAUGCUGGGGAGGCUCUUUCAGCUACCACCACCACUGAGUUGGCAUCGGGUCUUUAAUUACUGGAGGUGGAAAUGAAAAGCUGAGAUCAGUGAUACCCACAGGCCAGCAUAAAGUUCCUAAGGUGGUUUUUAUCACUGUUCUCUGACCACUUCUGUCCUGAUGGGUCUGUUUAACUGGACCUUCACACACUGUGCCUUUGCCGCUGUUUGGAUGCCCCUUUGGGCUGUUCCUCUUCUGCCUCUUUGCAGAGGGGAAAAAACAUUCACAAGCAUCAUGAAGGCAGUGCACAGUCAGUGGCUUCAGUUAAUGGAACCUGAGCUCGACUUUUUGCAGGGAGAAGGUGGAGAAAUACAAUUAACAAAGAUGUAGUAAUUAGCAUUACUGUGCUCGUGCACUGGAAGCAGGAAACGGUAACUACAGAGCUCGAGGGGACUCCUUGGGGACACAAGUGACUCUGUAACUCCCAGGGUGCUCUGGAGACAGCCACCCCUGGGAAUUGUUGUUGACACCAGAAGCAGACUUUUUGCUCUCAUCCUGAAUAAAAAACCUGUGCUAUUUA